CACCAACAAUGUAUAGAACUAAAUUUAACACAAAGGUGAAUUAUGUAUGUCACAGUCACUACAACAUAAAAGCUACAAUUGUGGCCAAUUAUUAUUAACGGUGGAAAUUAAGAGAUCCGAUAAAAGAUGGGCAGAUUAGGUUCAACUGGGGGCUGGAUUAUCCUCCAUCCGUACAAGAAUCCGCGUCAGCAUAAUUUAUUUCACUCGAGGUGGACAAUAGAGUUGUUUAUUUCUUUAAGAGAAGACUUCUGUUUAGGUUACUAUUUUUUUUUAUUUUACUUGAAUUUAGACACCUUAUUAUUGCAUCUCCUUCUCUAAUCUGCCACGACACUGACAAAUUCCUGUGCUGGACUGCCUUUGAUUAGCAUUUUAAGUUAUUCUGUUCAAGAUGGCGGUGGCGAGCAUAGAAAAGGAUGCGAUAAACACCGAAGAUGAUCUUCACCUUAACAAUUCAUUCGGAGAUGCUGGACUUCUCUCUCCCUAUAAAGAAGACAUCUCGCGCAUUCUGACAGUUCCUUUCAGUGGACGGAUCAAAGGUGGGAUGAGGCCUGGGAAGAAGAUCAUUGUCAUGGGAAUCGUUGAUCCAGAGCCAGACAGCUUUGACAUCAGUUUGAUGUCUGGCCAUGCUGGUGACAAGGAUGAUGAUGAGGUUGCUGAUGUGGCCCUCAAACUCCGUGCACGAUUCACUGACAGGCAGUUCCUGAGGAAUGCAAAGGUUUCAGGGAAAUGGAGUGAGGAGGAGGCAACCAUAGCUUACUUCCCCUUCAUCCCAGACCAGGCAUUCAGGAUUGAGAUCCAUUGUGAACACCAGCGGUUUAGGAUCUUUGUAGACGGACACCAGCUGUUUGACUUUUAUCACAAAGUAAAGCCUUUGCUGGCCAUUGAUAGGAUCAGGAUAGAUGGGAGUCUUCAGAUCACUAAGCUGGGCUAACCAAGCAAUCUGAGCACACUCCAGAAAGGACUUUGCACAGGUGACUAUGCCCACCUGAGCACUUGCCACAAGCAGCGAAGGCCUCUGGUCUGCCGGUCACACAAGGCAUCAACAUCUUCUGCAUUUUUCAUCAUUUCUCCCUCUAACUUCUGAGUAUUGUAUCAUAACAGGUUGGUCAAAGAUUGUAAAAUCAAAUGUUUACCACUUCUUGAGAAUUUGAAGUGUCUUCGCUAAACAUUGUAGCUGAUUUGUUUUUUAGUUUCUGUAAUUUUUCAGGGAUUGCUCAAUUUGUAAUGCACUCUUUGGCAGUACAAUGCACCACUGGGAUUUAGCUGCUCCAAAUAAACACUGCCAGUGUAUGCAUGCUUGUAGUCUUGCAGUGUAGUUUCAAAAUUGAUCCGAAACUCAGGAAAGGAGAUGAAGUUGGCUUGCUUAAUCAUUUCAAACAAAUGUCUAAAUCCGAAUGAAAUUAUGUAAAAUAAGAUGUCUUGAAGUAUGAAGUACUAUCUUGAAGUGACUGCUAGUAUAUGGAGCUCAGAUUUUACAUUUGGCGUUCCACCCUGGUUUGGUUUGAUGUCUGCAUUAUUUACUGAAAAUUCAGGUACUAAAAUAUUUUGGGGGGAAGAAAAUUGAUCUCUGGAUAUUGUAUCAGGGUGUAUAGCAUAUAUGUUUUAAAUUGUGUACCUUUCUUGUUUAUUGCAACUAUUCAUUUUUGUAAGAUAUUAUGAACUAAAAUAUUGUUGAUUGUCAUAUGAAUAUGAAUUUAUUAUAUUAUACUAUGGCUUUAAAAAAAUUUGGCUAGAUCAUCCAAAAAUUCUCUUCCAAGCCAACUCUAUAUUUAUGACAAAAGUAGCCUAUAAUAAUGGUUUAGUUAGUCCUGGAGCACAUUAAGGUAAAAGACUAAAACCAGAACAAAUUUGAAAUAAUUGGUAUAGGUGUUUUGAAAUAUACUGUAAAAGAGGGGAUGUGGAGGGAUGCCGGAAAUAUUGUUACUGUUGUGUGGGAAGCAUCCGCUUGUUUAUCCUUGGGAUAUGAUUGGCAGGCCAGAUGAACAAGCUCCUCCCAAACUUAAGUUUGGAACUUUAUUUUUGGCCAAAUUUUACAAAUACAUUUUUUUGUAGGGAAUGAAAUGUUUUGAUUAAUUCAGUACAGUGAUUUGCAAAAAUAAAAUGUAGUUUACACUGAAGCACCUAGUAAAAGUUGAAGAACAGCAAUGAUAGGGCUGAAUUAUGUCUUGAAUGUACAUUCAUCCAUUCAUGUGUCAGCAGCUUAGUUGCGAGUGUAAAGUAAGAACAUGCCAAAGCCUAUUAUUCCCUCCACCUCCCUUAUUCCCAACUCGUACUCCUUGUGUCACUCCUUUUUAAUAGUAACACACUGCCAUGGUUCAGCAUACUUUGCAUGUUUUGCAGUUUUCUAACCCUUUGCUCAUUUUAGAGUCUUCACAGCAGUUCUGAAUGUGUUCAUUGCACUACAGUGCCAAAACCUAACAUUCUUCUGGUCGGUCAGUAUUAUAAUAUUGGGUAUUAAGGCCAGUAUUGGUAUAUUGUGUAAUGUUGUAAUAUACUUUCACUCAUUGCUUGUGUCCAGGAAGACAUUGAACACUUCCUGUUAAGUGGGAGUUAAAUGCUGCUCUUUUUCAUUCUCUACUGAACUGCUUGGCUGAAUGUCAUGUAAUGGAAUAAUGUUUGGCAUAAUGCUAUUAUACACCACAGAGUACUUCACCAGCCAAGAUCCAUCUGCCCUCAUCAGAGUUUGAUCCAAAUCACAUUGAAGUUAGAAUAUUUAUUGAGUACAAUAGGGAACUGUGACGAGGAGGUGGGCGUGGCCAGAUCGUGAGGAUGCACACCUGACACAGAAUUUUCCUAAUCAGCCGGGAGGGGGGAAAAGACAAGCCUGAGGCACCAGUUUGUGAGAGAUAGAGCGAGAGACACACAGUCGCUUUAAGUUGAUUUAUGUCAUUAAAGAUAUGUUGACUGUUCUGUCGGGUCCUGCUGCCACCUUGCCCAUUUUGAAGCCUGUUACAGAAACUUUCCUAUUCUCCUUAUUGUUUUGAAAACAACAUUCUGUUUGUACACAAGUCAGUCUCUAUCCUGGCACGUGUCCUCUGCAAUUUCUCAUGUGCCUCAUAUUCAUGUUCAAGCAGAGCUAGUUGAAUAAGUAUCAGUACUACAACACAAGCAAUAUGGUCUAUGACCACAAAUAUGUCUUUCUCUUGUAAAGCUAACAAUGAUUCUCUUGUGGACUGGGCUAAUGCUAGGGUGCAACCUUUGGGAAGAGGGGCCAUUAUGAUCUUGAGAGUGGGCAAGUGCUUGUCCCGUUGUUGGACUGGAGUGGUUCCAAUCCAUCCUGAAUUGGGGCCUCCCUAGACCUAGACUAGAACAUGCUUGUGGAUCAAUAUUGAUCCUCAAAACACAUGUUGAUAUUCAGAGUUAAAUGAGACCUAUUUAGGAGCUGAAGCCUGGCCACCAUGACACAUUUAACAGUAUUGCAAUUAUUACUGCUAAUUCUUUAUGGUGUAAGUUGCUUUGUUCUGUAUGAUGCUUUUUCAAAGUUGAAGCUCAUCAAUUUGUCUCUGAACAGUGAGUUUUUCAGGAUAUUCAAAAGGUGUUAUACUUGGACAAUGAAAAACAGGGGAGAAAGCUUGUUCAAAAGUUUAACAGGUGAAGCAGAGCAUAUUAAGGCCAAUAGUGUUGACUUGUAAAAGGUGGAUUUUUGCAUUUUCCUUAUGAUCUUACUAAUCAUCUUCAUAACCGAUUCUAGUUCUAACGCUUCCAUCUCCAAUGCUAUUUUUUAUCUUGUAUCUCCAAAAAAAAAAGUUUUUAACAAUCAUUUAAAAUGAAUGUCAUGGUACCUAAUUGCAAACUAUUGUUACAUAGCCUUUAAACUUUGGAUGUACAUAUUCUAAAUGGGGCCUCCGUAUUCUUCAUUUCUUUAUAUGUAUCUUUAUAUAUAUUGUAUAUAUUGUUCUAUAUUUUUUUUCUAAUGGCUAUUCAGAGCUUUCUUCUUAGAGCCUUACAAUGUCCUUUUUUUAUUUAUUUGAGGACUAUUUCAGGAGGACUAUCGGCAGGUUAUAUGUAUUUGUGGCCCAUUAAUUAGAACUAGUUUGUAGUGUUGGAGAAAAAAAUUUUAGGUCAUGAGUUUUCGUGAGUUGAAAUGUAGCUAUUGAAAUAUGGAUGUGGUGUUUGGGAUCUAUAGUUGAGAAUUUCUACUAAUGUUUUACACCAAUAGACUUAAGGGUUAGUUCACCCCGAAAUUCAAUUCUCUUAUAAUUUACUCACUCUCAUGCCACCCCAGAUUUGUAUAACUUUCUUUCAUUUGCUGAAUACAAAUUAAGAUUUUUGGAAGAAUUUCUCUUUUGGUCCAUACAAAGCAAGUGAAUGGGUGCCAAAAUUUAGAAGCUCCAAAAAUCACUCAAGUCAGCAUAAAAGUAAUCCAUACAACUCAAUGUCUUCAGAAGCUAUAUAAUAUGUGUGGUGAGAAACCGAUCACUUUCACAUUCUUCUUUUGUUUUUGGUCAUUCACAUUCUUCAUGCAUAUCAUCCCCUGCUGGGCAAGGAGAAGAAUUUCAAGCACAAAAUUACUUUAAAUAUUGUUCUGUUUCUCACCCACACCUAUCAAAUCGCAUCUGGAGUCUGGAUUUAAUGAUGCCUUUAUUUGCAUUUUGAGCAGUAAUAUUUUGGCACCCAUUCAUAUGCAAUCUACAGACUUCUAAAAAUCAUAAUUUGUGUUCUGCAGAGAAAGCUAGAUUAAUUUUUAGAGAAUGAGUCAAAAACAUAUGGGAUGGCAUAAGGGUGCAUAAAUGAGAGAAUUAUCAUUUUUGUGUGAACUAUUCCUUUAAGUUUUGAAUUGCACUUCAAGUUCUAUUUAAUUUCUGUCAGGGUAUUGUUUGCCCCAGAAUCCACUUUAGAUAUGGUUGAAAUAUGGUACACCUAAAGAGUGGCAACUGGGUGAAAAGUUACUACUGCCUAAAUGUACAUUUAAAAUCUUUCAUCCAAGUGAUGGAUACUGUUUUGACAUCGUUACCAGGACACAAGUUUAUCUGAACUGUGUGUGUGUGUGUGUGCUCACAUUAUUGAUUGCAUUUGGUUUUAGACAAGGUAUUGUUAUUUCAUGAAUUUUGUAACUUUGAGUUCCAGUGUUUUUUAAACUGAUUUACACACCAAUAAACUGAUC